GGCGUCUCUAGUGAUUGUAAAAAAUGUUAUUCGGUGACAACAUCGAUCUUUUUAAAUCGAAUCAUAUAAAUACCAUUUUCAAUAUAGCAACACCAACUAUUUAAAGUCAAACAAAAUAACGAGAAGGAAGGAAAGGAGAGUAGAUUCAUUCAUUCAUUGUAUUGCGAUAAUUCCAGACCCUGCAGGAAUUGCCUCUAUUUAAUUGGAUGUGAAAGAUAGUAAACAAAAUUAUUAGUGAAAACUGUUUUCAUGUAUAAUUUCCGUCUUGUAUGGUCAAAAUGGGAGAUUCACCAUACUUGACUUGUUUGGUUCUUUAUAUAUUUUCUUUCCAAAUUAUUGUUACUAAUUCUCGUACUUCUAAUGUUUGGAAAUUGAACGCAGAAGAAGGCCAAAUAGUUGAUGGUACUACAUUGCCCCAGGAUGAAAGCGCAAAAGGCAGAAUGGCAGAAGAGGACCCUAUAUUUAACAUAAUAACUUCAACAGUGUUUUACGGAAAUACCUGGACCAAACAUGGGUUUGAUAUGUUUUGCACGGACUGCCAGAUGUACGAACAACAGAGAGCUGGUAUGGAAAAUGGAGAUGAAACAACACCAGCAGAAGCAAAUGGCGAUGCAGAAGAUGAGUACUUAGAUUGCGGCAAGGCAGUAAAUUUCACAUACUACGACAAUCUCGUCGGAGUGGCGCGACGCCACAGGCAUCCUAAUGUACCUGAACCACAGGUUGCGUUAAUAUUCACAAAGAAAAAAUCGUACAAAAACGGCGUAACAGAGCUCGACAUAAACGCGUUAGAAAAAAGAUUGAAAAAAGCAAAAAGAGAGAAACCAAAAUCUGUGCAGCUGUACAACCAGAUUGGGAAUUUUUGGAGAAUCAAAGGAGACACGCGUCAGUCGAUUGAAUGCUUCAGACGUGCGCUUGCAGUCUCACCUUAUAAUGCAGAAGUACUUCUCAAUUUGGCGCGCGUGUUAUUUACACUUCAGUACUUAGACGACGCUAUCUACCUCACUCGUCGCUCGCUGGAUGUGCAGCCUCCAGACCGCAGCGCCUGGCAGCAGUACUUCACUCUUGGGGAGAUAUUCAAAGCUUAUGGACACUAUCAGGAAGCAGCAGUGCAUUUACGACACGCGUUGGACUUGAGGCCGGACUUCGAGCCAGCAGUGGCUGCAUUGAAAGACAUAGAAAACAUACCGGAGGCCUCCGUACAUGUCUACACGCUCUUAAUCAUUGUUUGUCUGGUGAUGGGAGUACUCCUAGUGAUCCUCUCGUCGGUGGAUAGCGGCAGCGAGGUGGAAGAACACAAAACGCAACGUCACUUCAACAGAGCGAUGGCCAUGAGAUCGCUACGCGGCGUAGCAUUAACCGGUGCGCGCGGGCGCAAGAAAGGAGGCUCGUAAACAUCACAACACCACCGGCCUGAGUUUACUUCCCUUUAUCCAAACUUUACUCAGGUAUAAUUUCCUGAUUGUGGGGUUAUUCAACUAUUUUAUGCAUCAAUUCUGUCUGAAAACAACAAGUGCUUUUUAAGAGAUAUAUCGCACACGACCACUAACGUGAUAUUAUCUCAAAAAUUGCGUUAUAUGUGUAUUUCAUCGUUAUAUGACAUACAUGUAACGCCAUUUGUGAUAAAAUAUAACGCCAUUGUUGAGAUAAUACGAUGUUAGUUGUUAUGUACUAUAUGUACAUAUAUCGGAGAUAACAUUUUUAAGCUAUAUAGCUUAAAUCAAUGAUCUUUAUAUAAGUGAUUUAAAUGAAAAGAUUCUUAGAAUGUUCCUGACAGGUUUUUGUAAUUUUAACAAAGCAGUUUUUUAAGUUUAUAGCAAUUUUGAAAUAGAGAUUUAUAAUUCUAUUGUACUAAUAAUGUAAUAUUAUUAAAAAAAAGAAUCUUUGUACUUGUGAGCUUUUAGAUGUGUUUUCCCAAUAGUGGAAGUUUUCAAAUUUUAAUAAUAAAUAUUUUGUCUCUGGUUCUCUAAGAUUUACGGUAACCUAUAUGACAGAAGCUGUAUUUAAAAUAGUUGAUUAUCCCUCUAUUUUGUUUAAAAUAAAAUUUCCAAUAUACUUAAGCUUGUAUAUUUACGCAUCAUUUACGUACUUAAUGUUACGAUUUACAAACACUGAUAAUGAAGUGGCUCUGGAUUUAUUUAUAUAAAAGGUUGUGAAUUACUUUUGGUUGUCUUUUUGAGAAGAGAUCGAAAACUCAGGCCAGAUAUCGAACUAACUCGAAAAAUCGUAAGUGAUAUCAGAUUUAUUAAUUUAUAUAUCGCUAAUUGAUAUAACUGAUACAUUGUAGUACUGUUCCAAGAUUGGUGAGAUCGGCGAGAAUUUUAUAUAAACUUGCAGCCAUAUGCAAAUACACCAGAAUUACCCGGCUAAAUUACGUGUUCGCAAUCACAAAUGUUCGUGGUGAACAAAUUAAAUAAAACGUUGCAUAUGUCAUGUCCAUAUAGAUGAACAUAACAUACUUUAACCUGACACUCUCGAGCGAAUCAGCCGCAUUUGUUCUACUACAUUUUGUCUUAAGGCUAAAGAACCUGUGUGUUCUUUAUGCUGUUAUAACCUGUGACGCUCUUCCUAACAAAUGACACCUCAAGUGUUGACAAAUUGACUGCAAAUAUUUUUGACCGGUCAUAACCGCAAGAGCUGCAUAACAGAAAAAAACGCGUUAACUAUUAUGUACUGCAUGAGUGACGUAACAUUUUAUUUGAGACGUGUAAACAUAGUUCUAUAAAUCCUCUUCUUGACAGUUAUAUUUUUUUAUAUUAUGUGCUAAGGCUAGAUGCUACGACUAAUCAAAUGACAAGGUGUACUUAUAAACAUGAAUGGAACAGUACUACUCAUCAGAGGCUAUGUACAAAACAAAAAAUAUUCUUUAUAUAUGAGAGCGACAUAACAGUCUUGCCAUGUCUAAUCUGAUCUCUGCUAUGUAGUAUUCAUCACCUUAUGAUAGUUGUACCUAUGUGGUGUAUCCUUUUAGCAGUUUGGAUAAAAUACAAUUUGGCUUUUCAAAAUAUUUACAUUUUAUAAAUUUGUCUACAAUAAAAAUCCGCUCCAUACUUUAACUGUACAUUUAUUGUAAGAUUAUUCUUAUUUUUAACAGCAAUAAUAGUUUAUAACUAUUUAUAGCUAGCUUAUAAUAUACUGAGUUGAAUUUCAAGCGCUGACAAGAAAAGAGUGCAUUUAUGCAUAAUUGCAUUCGUGUCCUUGCUGUAUAAGAGUAAAGCUGCUAAAGUUAAGGUGUACACACGAGUCCACGAUGUAUAGGAAAACACAGUUGGUUGUUAUGGCGUGCCGGCCUUGCAAUGAGCGUAUCACUUCUGCAACCUAGUCAUUCACUUAAACAAGUUUGGCCCAUAAGGGCAUCAGGUGUGUAAGUCGUUAGUAGUG